UGGCAAUCCUGUCAGAAUAAACCCAAUCAGCUGAUGCUUCUGUACCAUAGAAAAUAUUUAAUAACAGUGAAUUUUGAAUAAAAGGUGUGGUUUACCUAACUGAACGCUGUAGCUUGCAACAUGAAUUUCCUUCGACAAACGCUCAACGUUACGAAACAAUGGACAACACAAGCUGUACACAAUUCCUUUGUACAAAUGCGAGAAAUGGCAUCGCUGUAUCAAAUGCACCGCACUGGACCCCAUGUAAAAAAACGCCCCCCGCGUCAGCCAUUGGAUGGUAAGCCUUUUGCCAAAGGUGUCGUCCUCAAAACGCUCAUCAAGAAACCCAAAAAGCCCAACUCUGCCAAUCGUAAAUGCGUACUGGUGCGUUUGUCAACGGGCAAGGAAAUGGUGGCCUAUAUUCCCGGCAUCGGUCAUAACUUGCAGGAGCACAACAUCGUUUUGUGCCGUGUGGGGCGCGUACAAGAUGUUCCCGGUGUUAAGUUGAAAUGUGUGCGUGGUGUUUAUGAUUUAAAUCAUGUCGUUAAAAAUAAAUAAAAGCAAUAAUAAAUUUGUAAUUAUCAUUUGA